AUGAGGGAAUGGAAGAAAAGGAAGAGAGGAUUUUCAGUUGGCCGCAUUUGUCAUGCUUCAUCAACCUUUGGAGAGUUUUACUACUUGCGGGUCCUUCUAACAAAAGUAAAAGGACCACGUUCUUUUGAUGAAAUUAGAACAGUUGAUGGUGUUCCAUAUCCAACUUUUAGGGAAGCACGUUUUGCCAUGGGAUUAUUAGAUGAUGAUAAGGAGUACAUAUUUGCAAUAAAGGAGGCAUCAACAUGGGCACCUGGUCAAUAUCUUCGUAGAAUGUUUAAUGCUCUUCGUUUAGAAGCUGCGAGACUCAUAGAAUCAUUGAAUGAAGAGCAACUUCAUAUAUUCAAUCAUGUAAUGUCAGUGUUGGAACAUCAAACAGGUGGUUUUUUCUUUGUGUAUGGUUAUGGUAGAACUGGUAAAACAUUUCUAUGGAAUGCUCUGACAUCAACAUUACGUUCUAAUGGAGAAAUUGUGUUAACAGUUGCCUCAAGUGGAAUAGCAGCAACUUUAUUGCCUUCUGGAAGAACAGCUCAUUCAAGGUUUGCAAUUCCUAUUCAUGUACAUGAAUAUUCCAUGUGUUCUAUCAAGCAAAAUUCUCCUAUAUCUAAUCUUAUUGAGAAGAUGAAGCUUAUUAUAUGGGAUGAAGCUCCAAUGGUCCAAUGCUACUGCAUAGAAGCUUUUGACAGAACAUUAAAAGAUAUAAUGCAUUGUUCAGCUCCAUUUGGUGGGAAGUGCAUUGUUAUGGGUGGUGAUUUCCGUCAGAUACUUCCUGUUAUCCCUAAAGGUAAUGGUCAUUUAGGCGAAGCAAAUGAUGGAAUUGCAGAGAUUGAUAUCCCCCUAAAGCUCUUGAUUAGUAGUUAUACAAAUCCAAUACAAGCAAUUGUUGCUUCGACUUAUCCCAAUCUGCUUGAAAAUCUACACAAGAAUGAAUACUUCAAUGAUAGAGCUAUACUAGCACCAACCAUUGAGCAUGUCUAUCAAGUGAAUGACUAUAUGUGCUCUUUGUUACCAGGAGAAACAUUUGAGUUCCUCAGUUGUGAUACUGUAUGUAGAUCUGAUGAAGACAUUGAUAGCUUCAACAAUUUGUAUACAACAGAAUUCCUUAACACUAUUAGUUGUUCAGGUUUACCACCACACAAGUUGAUCUUGAAAGUUGGAGCACCAAUUAUGUUGCUACGGAAUAUUGAUCAAUCUGCAUGCCUUUGUAAUGGUACACGCAUGUGUAUAUCCAAAUUGGGCAAGAAUGUCAUUGAAGCGAUCAUAUUAAGUGGUUCAAAUCCAAACCAAAAGGUAUUACUUCAUAGGAUGGACAUAAAUCCCUCUGAGAGUAGGUGGCCAUUUCGUAUGAAGCGUAGGCAAUUCCCUAUCACUCUUUCAUUUGCCAUGACAAUAAACAAAAGUCAAGGCCAAUCUUUAAGAAGUGUUGGACUUUUUCUAACAAAACCUGUUUUUGCUCAUGGCCAGCUAUAUGUUGCACUAUCAAGAGUGAAAUCAAUUGAUGGCUUGAAGAUUAUAAUUGAUGCAGAUAGAAAAAAUAUGAAGUCCACAACAACAAAUGUUGUGUACAAGGAGAUCUUUCGUAAUUUGUGA